AUGUGCCUCGUGGCGACUCUGCUCGGUGAGGUGGUUUCAAGUGAAGAAGACAUCACAUUGACAUUUGAGGUGAUGGACUCCCGUAUCCCGCAGAGGGGUGACCUCACGUUUCGUGACGGUUCGAGUAAUGCUGAAAAGGAACUGGUCGAUCUCUGUUAUGUUUCUUCAAGAGGGACCUUUUUUGAACUACUAGUGUUGGACAAACUGUACUGGUCUCCAGGGACAGUUCGAAACGCCUUUUAA